AUGAGGCUAAGCAUGGCAGUUUCAAUGUCGAAAAGGUGGUAUCGUUCCAGAAGAAAUCAAAUAAUAAUUAUAAUAGUUUUUAUAUUUUCCAUACUCUAUUAUAUUUCUUUAAGCGACAGCCUGCAUCGGGAGCAAGAUUUAGAUCUUACUAGGAGAGAAACGCUUAUAAAAUACAUAGAAAAAAAGUUAGAGCAAGCACUAAAGCAAGAUAAAGGCACAGGAUGUGUGAUACCUAAGCUAGAUCCAUUUGCCAAGGAAGUGACACAAUUCGACAAGGAAAUGCCUAAAGUGGUUUGCCAAGGGACGGAUUGGGUUAAAUGUUAUCAUUCACAAUGCAAAGUAGUACCUGAAAUAUUAAAAACAACAAAAGAUAUUGUAUGUAAAUACAGUGAUAUUAUAUAUGAAAGCGAUCAAAAAUAUACCGUGGGGCCGUCCUUCGAUGUUUAUGGCGGUGACGCCUAUGUGCUGACAAAGAGUGAUCAUGUCAAAGUGAAAUGUACGGGAAAGCAUAAGAACAGCAUUUUACCAUCAAAAUGGAUAGGGCAUAGUAUAGGAUUUAGAUCAACUUCUACCCCAAAAACGCCGCCCUUAGGCAGGGAAGAUACCCUUAAUGUAUUGAUAUUUGGUUUCGAUUCAACUGCCAAAAAUGGAUUCAUACGGAGAAUGCCCAAAAGUUACAAAGUUUUGACUGAAACGCUUGGUGCUACUGUUUUGAAUGGCUACAACAUAGUAGGGGAUGGUACACCAGCGGCUUUGUUUCCGAUAUUGUGUGGAAAAACUGAGUUAGAACUGCCAGAAAUGAGAAAAAAGAUGAAUGAUGCCACAUUAGAUAUUGUGCCGUUUCUUUUCUACAAGUUGAAGGAAGAUGGAUAUCGAACCGCAUAUUUCGAAGAUAUGCCAUGGAUAGGUACGUUUCAAUACAGAUUUAACGGUUUCCGACAUCAACCAGCUGAUCACUAUUUAAGAUCGUUCUUUCUAGAAGAAUCUAGGAGUGGAAAGAAAUGGUCCAAUAGCAAAACUAAAUAUUGCGUCGGAGACACACCCCAGUAUAAACUACUGCUUAAUAUAACUGAUCAGUUUUUCCGUCUCGACGGCAAACGUUUUGGUUUCACGUUCAUAGCCGAUAUAACUCAUGAUGACUUCAAUAUGAUAUCUACAGCAGAUGAAGACACGGCGGAAUUUCUAUCUGAGUUCUUAGAGUCUGGAAGAGGGAGGGACACCUUGCUUUUUGUUAUGGGGGACCAUGGGCCUAGAUAUGCUAAAGUCAGAGACACGUUGCAAGGUAAAUUAGAAGAACGACUGCCUUUAAUGGCGGUACGAUUGCCAGAUGUCUUCAUAAAAAAUAACCCGAAUGCACAAAGGAAUUUGGAAAAAAAUGCCCAAGUACUGACGACCCCACACGAUAUACACGCGACGAUAUUAGAUGUAUUGGAUAUGGAACAAUAUAGAAACACUUACAAAGUGAAUGGAGCGGAUUUGAUGAGAGGCCUCAGUUUGUUAGAAACGAUACCAAAGAAUCGUUCGUGUAGCGAAGCGGGAAUCGAACCCCAUUGGUGUUCCUGCCUUUCAUGGCAGAAUGUCUCCACAUCAGACAAUAUGUACGAGAGGACUGCUCAGGCCCUGGUGUCGUAUAUAAACUUACUCACUGACUCUAAACGGUCACAAUGCGCAAUACGUACGCUAAAAUCAAUAACGUGGGUGAUGAAGAAAAUAGCUAAUAACGGAGUGCUAACUUUUGUGGAGGCGAAGGAUACUGACGGCUAUGUGGGGAGGUUUGGGGCUAAAGUUAGACCGGAUCGGGAGGACUACCAGGUCAAGUUGGCAGUCGGUCCCGGCCACGGUAUAUAUGAAGCAUCAUUGUCAUAUAUAGUGAAGGAAGAUAAGUUUGAGAUUAAUUCAAGAGAUAUAUCGAGGACUAAUGCAUACAACAAUGAACCGGCGUGUGUAAGCGCUACUCAUCCACAUCUAAACAUGUACUGUUAUUGUAAA